CAGGUGUCAAUAGCUAGUCCUGCAUUGCUUCUGGAGCUAUCACUGAUAUCGAAUAACAAUUUAAAUAAAUGUCCAAUGCUCGGUGGGCUCAAUAUCAAUGUGGUGUUUUUGUCGCUCUGCUGCUAAAGAAAUAAAAAAAACGUCCGCCUUCAAAAACGCCCCGUCAAGGCUUGGCAUCCGACCAACCGAAAUAUUUAUGAUCGUCCAAUUUCUUUUCAUCCACCGCAACUCAGCUACACAUUGAACUAAACACCACGACUUCCACACUCUCCAUUUCUGUUUCCCUCCCGUUGGCUUCCGGGUGGGAUCUGGGAAUGCACAAUGGCUUCUAAGACCAGCUCAGUAUGUUCCCUUGUCCACCAGACCUCACGCACCCCGAGCUUCGUGCAGGCGGCGGUCCAGCGACGAUGCAAUUCUACCAAUUCUUUAUACAGUCGAUUUGCUGAGAGAAGCCAACGCGAAUCGAUGAUGAAACAGUCCAUGAGGGAGCGAUUCGAGAAGCAAGCGAUCCAAGAACAACGAGCCCGGGCUUUCGAAAGACAGCAGAAGCGCUACUGGGAGAGUGGUGAUGUAUACUCGCCGCACGAUCUGAGUCCGGCAGAAAUGAUGAAGUGGAAAAAGAAGAAGAGCCCGUCGACGGAUGCGUUCGAUGCCUUGUCUCUGAACCCGUUGCACCUAUACAAGAAUUUCGCUAUCAUGUCCGAGUACAUGACCGAGAUGGGUCGCAUCAGACACUCCUCCGAAACUGGCCUGCGACCAGUCAACCAGCGCAAGAUCUCCAAAGCCAUUCGCAGAGCUGUAAGCUUGGGCCUGAUGCCAAGCGUUCACAAACACCCUGAAAUCCUUGCUGCGGAGGCGAGAUCGAAGAUACAACGGGGGAUGAACCCAUAACCUUCUUCCAUAUGUAAAAUAGGCGUUGGGAUAUUUGGAUUUGCGUUCUCCUUUGCUUUAGACGGACUGAUUAUAUUCUGUAUCAUAGUGUUUGUAGAUAUAAAAUUUCACUACCAUUAUUUUUUACCCG